AUGGAUGGAGCAGAGGCGGCACAAGUAGCAAAGGAGAUGCGGAGCACAAGAAAGCAGCGGCGAGCAAAGAAGCAGAAGAGCACGGUGAGGCGGUGGUGCGACGUAGGAGAGUUGCGGCGUCGUUGCGUCGUAAGAGAGCCGCGGUGGUGGUGUGGUGUAGCAGAGCCGUGUGAGGAUGUGGUGCAAGGAGAAGAGGAAGCUAUGGACGAGGUUGAGGAAGAGAGCAAAGAACUCUUUCAGCUCUUAGCUUUCUUCGAAAGAAAAGGAGGGCGCGGAACCAUAGUAUGGGUUGUAAAUCGUGAAAAACCCGCCACAAAUAAUAACUUUGUUGUGUUGCUCAUAAAUAAAACAGCAAAUAACACAGUUCUUCUUUCUCAGAACAACAAAAGCACUGUUCUAUGGUCAGUGAACAUAGCAAGAAAACCCAAGAAUCCAAUACUACAGCUUUUAGAUUCAGGGAACCUUGUUUUGAGAGAAGAAAAUGAUGAGAAUGAAGAGAAGAACUAUCUAUGGCAAAGUUUCGAUUACCCUGGUGAUACACUCUUGCCAAGGAUGAAGCUUGGGAAGGAUUUAAGGACUGGUUUUGAUAGGUGUGUAACGGCGUGGAAGAAUGAGAAUGGUCCUUCACCAGGAACCUUAAAUUGGCAUAUGGAUGUUACCACUUGGCCUGAACCGAUGCAGUGGAUUGGAAUAAUGAAGCAGUACAAUAAUGGUCUUGGAAUGGAGUUCAAAUCAGUGCCAAACCAACAAACAAGCCUAACCUAG